GAGAAUGCUAGUGUGGGGGAAGAAAUGGGGCUGGAUGGAGCUCGCCGGGGCCGCAUUCGCCGUCGGGAUCGUCCUCGCCGCGAUCUUGAAGAUGGAAUUCUUGCUGCGCAUCUGGAAGCACUACACUUCGUACGCUGACGCUGAGCUGUGGGUGGAUAUUACGGUCCUCCAGGCGGCUGUUCACGGUGGCGCUGUGUGUCUGGAUGGCAGUCCGCCUGCGUAUCACUGGCAUCCAGGCACUGGAUCUGGUUCCAGGAACUGGAUCGUGUUCUUGGAGGGUGGAGCAUGGUGUUCCGAUCACGCAUCUUGUGCACAGCGCGCUCGAACCUCCUUCGGCUCCUCCGAUCUCAUGGAUAGACAGACGCUGUUUCUCGGGAUUCUCAGCAAUUCGGCUCAAGAAAAUCCAGAUUUUUACAAUUGGAACCGGGUGAAAGUCAAGUACUGUGAUGGAGCAUCCUUCGCAGGAAAUGUGAAUACCACGGUGACGGUGGCCUUCGACAGCGAUAGCCAGCAGGCCUUGGGUCUCAUGUAUAGAGGAGAGAAGAUAUGGAAGGCGGUUGUCUCGGAUCUUUUGAGCAAGGGUAUGAGCAACGCUGAGAUGGCACUUCUAGGUGGAUGUUCGGCUGGAGGUCUAGCGGCUACUCUUCAUUGCUCGAGCUUUAAGGAGCUUUUGCCACGGACGACAUACGUCAAAUGCGUCAGCGAUGGAGGAUAUUUCUUGGAUGCGAAAGAUAUAGCAGGCAACUUCUCGUUUCGUUCCUUUUUCAAGGACGUGGUGGAUAUCCAUAAUGCCCGAGAGAACCUGCCAGAAGCCUGCGUUGCAGAACACGAUGCACAGUGUUUCUUUCCUCAGUACGUCGCUCCUCACAUCCACGUCCCCAUUUUCUUUGUCAAUCCAGCGUAUGAUGUUUGGCAAAUCCAGAACAUUUUCAUUCCAGACGCAGCCGACCCUGACAGGAAGUGGACUACUUGCAAGUAUAACCCGUACGUCUGUUCCCAGGAUCAGCUCAGCGUUUUGCAAGGUUUCAGGACGGAGUUUCUAAAGGCCGUGGAAUACGUGCGAGGUGUGGAUCAGAGUGGUCUCUUCAUAGAUUCGUGCUUCAGUCACUGUCAGCUUGAAGGGUUAACUUGGAACACAAACACGAUAGGAAACAAGACGAUAAGAGAAGCCUUCGGAGACUGGUACUUCGCAAGAGGCGGCUCUUCGUGGAAAAGCAUCGACUGUCCGUAUCCUUGCAAUCCAACCUGUAUAAAAUGGACUAGCUGGAGGCACUGAGCUGAUGAGGUACACACGCCAAAGAUGAACUUUUAAGUACUAUUUUGCAGCUCCAGCCCCCAGCUCGGCGAGUUUUUGUUCCAGCUUGGCGUCAAACUCGGCCCGCAUCUCAUCCAUGUAGCGCGAAACAACCUGGUUGACUUUUCUUGUGAUCUCAUCCGGGAUGGACGCUGGAAGCGGCGAGAACCAGCUUAGCAUUGGAGAUCCAAGCCCAAGUAAGUAGCCUCUACCUCGAUACUGUGCCUCGAUCCUGGCUUGCCUCUCGGCUUCUUCAGCCAGCCGCUUGUCUUCGAGCCUUUUUGCUUGUUCCUCCUGCGCAGGAGAAGAUUUUGCUCGUAAAGCUUGUGAAACUCGUCGCCCACCUCUUGCUGUUUCCUGAGAGCUUCCUGUUGGACGUCGUAUUCCUCCUGUGUUAUUGCGAGAUCUAGCGACUUUAGCUCCGGGGCUAGCUCUACGAGAUUAUACUCCCAAGUGUCCAUGUUGAGGUAGUAAGUCGGGCAGAACGCGUAUUGGUAGAGCUUGAAGUGUCUGUAGUAUCUGUGAGAGGAAAGAGCAUAGGAGCUGGACUCAUCGAGUAGAAGCUUUGAAGCUGGGAAGAUUGUUUUACGUGUUGAGGACGUAUCUCGUUAUCUCUUGGAGAUCUCCAAAUGUAAACAAGCCGAUUGAGAAUGGUGGUCGCUGGACGCUGUGCAAGAGAAAGAGGUUCUUUGCUGUUUCCCAGCUUCUUUCUACUGUUAAACGCAUGCCUUUAAGGCAAAAAGUGAAAGAAAUUAGUACGUGGACACUUAAGAAUGGUU